GCAUUAGGCAUGGUUAGCGUAGUUUUGGAUCCUAUUAUGUCGUCUUACAGUGGUCCAUGGAGCAAACAUAGUGGUUUCCGCUACAUUGGAUACAGGACGGGGCGUUAUAAUACAUAUCUAUGGGUAUAAUAGGCAGACAAAAAUGCCUGCUGAAAAUUUUCGUUGAGAACGGAUUUUGGCACCUGCAGAGAAGCGACUUUUUGACGGACGGUGUUAGCGUUCGGUUCUGGAAUCGUAUUGGUUUGUCAUUAGCUUCCACGGACUUAUCGUACUUAAUUUUGAGUUGCUCUUUUGUCUUUUUGUAGCUCGUAAGUUUUCCACGGAAUUAUGGACGAAUGUAGUUUUUGUU